CAAAGCUAUCUUGUAUAUAUUGUUGAUUGUAAUAUUAUCUUAUUAUUUGACAUGAAGAAGAAUGGAAUAAUUUGGGUUGCGAGUAAUUGUGGGGUGACAUCGGGUGCUAAGAUGAGAAUGAAGAUCGUUGAAGAUUUGAAAAGAAGUCAAGUUGGUUGGAUGUUGGAUGUAUAUGGAUUAUGUGGAGACGGGAAGACAUUCACUCAAGAUCGUUCAGGAUUUAAUAACAUGAACGAAUUAAUCAAAUCAUAUAAGUUUUACUUGGCGUUUGAAAAUUCCUAUCAUUGUCGUGAUUAUAUCACGGAGAAGUUCUGGGAGAACUCGCUUCUUAAUGCUGUGGUUCCUGUUGUGUGGGGACCAACACGGGAAGAUGUGAUGACCGUUGCUCCGCCGCAUUCGUUCAUUCACGUUGAAGAUUUUAAGAACAUUUCAGACUUGGCGGAUUAUUUGUUAUAUUUAGACAGGAACGAUACGGCGUAUCGAGAAUAUUUUAAUUGGUGGUUUGAACCUACAGAAGACAUAGAAGAACCAGUCGCACUUUGUAAACUCUGCUUAAUGUAUGAAAGCAGAAAGCGCCGACCAAGUUCUAUCAGGAAUUUUAAACAUUGGUAUUACGAGCUUGAAUAUAAAGAUUGUUUAUCUCACGAAAUCAAUCUGCUGUAACACUUUUUCCAGUCUAACCGAAAACAGAAAUACAUAUAUUGUAGGGUGGGGGAGGAUGGGACACCUUAUCAUUCUAUUUUCUUGUCAUAUUUGGAAGUAAACAAAGGGCAUUUAAAAGAUUUUAUAUCCGUAUAUUCUCACGAUUCCCAUAGACGGUUGUUAAUUGUUUAAAAAACGAUCAGGAUAUUUGGAUAUUAUAUGCUAAAGGUGACCCAUCUUCCACCACCUUACUGUAUUGUAAGUCCGAAAGAGAUUUUCUGUCAAUUCUUUCCUUUUGAUCUUAUGAGCCAUAUACCUAUCAAACACCUAGUGCCAAUGGCUUGUCAUUUCUAUCCAAAUAUGAAGCAUAUUAAACAAGUUUUACAUUUCUAUAUUUUUCGUAACAUGACCAUUACCUUGAUUAAACUC